AUGCCCGGAGAAAAUUCUAAGAACGCAAACUUCAACAUUUUUUCAGGAAUGUUUUCCCUGCUAAACAAUGUUACAACUGAGAGCCAAUACUCAUCGCCAAAAGUUCUUCCUCUUAUUCACGGUUUAAUGGAAGAAGAUAGUAGUCGAUUAUUGAUUCAAAAUGAAAUCAAGCCAGCAGCCAAAAAGUCCAAGAAACGAGUCCACAAGAAGCAACGGGUCACUGCAUGCCCUCACAUAACGAAAAAGCAUUACGCAAGAGGGAUGUGCAAUUUGUGUUAUCAUAACUAUGGGAGAAAGGCCUUUGAUUGGAAGUGCAAAAAAGAAGAGGAAAAAGACUUACCAACUCUAAGUACAAUCAACUAA